CAUGCCUGGACGAAAGCCCUGUUUUCUACUAGUGGACUCACUUGGUGAGAAUGUCAAACGCAAUGACCUUGCUACUACGGGCUAGAGAAAUGGCUGAAACUUGCAGAGCAUAGUCCGGAGUUUAUCAAAGGUAAUAAGUGGCCUGAUCUCAAUGUUACAAAAUGGACGGUUGUAGAGCAAAUUCAGGAGGCAAUACAAACCGAUGGGAGGAUAUGAAACAUUUUCGAAAAAAUUAGCAAUAAUUUUGCUCGAUUCAGAGAUUAAUAAGUUAAAAGGAUGUCCCAUGUACCAUCAACCUCUCAACGAAGAAACUUUAGCUAAUUCCGAUCUUGAGAUCCUGGAUAAUCCAUCUGACGUGGUCGAAGAGAAACGUCCCGCCCCAAAGACUAUCAUUCCCACGGACCAACGUGAAAUACUUGCCGGCCUCUCCAACUACAUCGUGUCGAUCAAUGAUGUUGGAUGUUUGGAGAAGGUGUGGGUCCGGAGCUCCACACCCGAUCCAAUGAGCUUAUGUCUUAAGAAACUUCAGUGCAUACUUAACAUGGAGCAGCCCAUGUACAAAAAUUGCUUCAACACCGCCGUGCUUAUGCUGGCAUGUGACGAGGGAGUCUUGUUCACAGACCCUCCUAUACACUACAUGGAUCUACGAUUUUGUUCCAUGCUGCUAGAGUCAACACGAGGUCAGAAGUUUUGUGAGAAGGAAACUAUCCAGACGUUGGCAACAUUAUUUGAUAGCUGGCCUGGGAUGGAGACCGACAUCUCAUCUUGCAAUAAGAUUUAUCUUCCCUAUGCAUCAAUCAGCCGAUACAUCCUGUACAUCAUCGACAGAGAGGCACGUCGUCUAUAUAUUAUGGAACCUAUUCAAUCAUCACAAUCGUCAGAGGAUAAAAACUUGAGGCAUUCACUGAAAUUAAAAAGUUUUUCAAGGGAUUUCAAAGAAGCACUUGAAAUAAAGCUACCUGGGUGGAAUUCUGAUAUAUCUAAAUGGCAUCGUUUAUUCCCGGUCGAUGUUCCCCCUGUUAAAUUUGGAUGUAACUUUUCUAGUAGAUGAUUUUUCAUA